AUGUCGGCUCUUCCCAUUCAGUUCAAGGAGAUUGCCCAGUUGGGCACCUUUGGGAUCAAUCCCCAGUCCAUCGGGUUCGCUACGCUGACCAUGGAGUCGGAGAAGUACAUCUGCGUCCGCGAUCAAGUGGGCGAAGAGCGUAACGUGGUCAUCAUUGACCUUCAGAACCCCUCCAAUGUCGUGCGGCGACCCAUCGCUGCCGAUUCGGCCCUCAUGAACCCCGUGCACAACAUCCUCGCAUUGAAAGACACGCAAAAUCUCCAGAUUUUCAACAUCGGCGAGCGUGCUAAGGUGAACGACUGUGUCAUGAGCGAGCCCGUUGAAUUCUGGAAGUGGAUUUCCGACUCCAAGCUCGCCCUGGUCACUGCCACUUCCGUCUAUCACUGGUCGAUGAAUGACAAUGCCAAGCCGCAGAAGAUCUUCGCGCGCCACCAGUCGCUUGCAGGAACACAGAUCAUCAACUACCGCGUCGAUGCCGCCGAGAAGUGGUGCGCUGUGAUCGGUAUCACGAGGAAGGACGACCGCAUCGCCGGCGCCAUGCAGCUCUACUCCGUCGACCGCAAGGUGAGCCAGGCGCUCGAGGGCCACGCGGCUGCGUUCUGCGACUACCGCACGGAGGGCUCGACGCGCAACUCAACCCUCUUCUGCUUCGCUUCUCGCACCGCGGCGUCGUCGAAGCUGUACAUCCUCGAGGUGGGCCAGACGGGCGAGGGCGGCGGUUUCGAGAAGAAGCAGACGGACAUUUACUUCCCCGCCGAGGCCGCACAGGACUUCCCCGUGGCGAUGCAGGUGAGCGACAAGUACUCUGUGGUGUACAUGAUCACCAAGUUCGGCUACAUCCACAUCUUCGACGUCAACACCGGCAAGCUCCUCUACAUGAACCGCAUCUCGGCCGAGACCAUCUUCGUUACCGCCCCGCAGGCCUCCACCGGCGGCAUCAUCGGCGUCAACCGGAAGGGCCAGGUGCUCUCCGUCACCGUCGACGAGAACACCAUCGUUCCCUACAUCUGCACCCAGCUCAACGACUACGAUCUCGCCAUCAAGUUCGCCUCCAAGAACAACUUGCGCGGCGCCGAGGAGCUCGUCACUGCUCAGUUCAACCAACUGUUCCAGCAGGGCCGCUACAAGGAGGCUGCCAAGGUCUGCGCCGAGUCUCCCCAGGGCAUGCUCCGGUCCACCCAGACCAUCCAGAUGUUCUCCCGAUUGCCCGGUGCUCCCGGCCAGCCCUCGCCGCUGCUUCAGUACUUCUCCGUGCUGCUCGAGAAGGGCAAGCUCAACAAGGUCGAGUCGCUCGAGCUCUCGCGCCCCGUGCUCCAGCAGGGUCGCAAGGAGCUCCUCCAGAACUGGCUCAAGGAGGAGAAGCUCGACUGCAGCGAGGAGCUCGGUGACCUGGUCCGCCCGUACGACCUCAACCUGGCCCUGUCGAUCUACUACCUGGCCGACUCCAAGGACAAGGUGGUCCAGUGCCUCGCCGACAGCGGGCAGUACGAGCGCAUCCUCCUCUACUCCGAGAAGACCGGCUACUCGCCGGACUUCAUGUACAUCCUGAACGGCCUCGUCCAGACCAACCCUCAGGGUGCCGCCAACUUCGCCGCCAAGCUGCUCUCCGGUCCCCAGGCCUCCAAGAUCGACGUCAACCAGGUCGUUGAUCUGUUCCUGCACCGGAACAUGGUUCAGGAGACUACGUCGCUGCUGCUGGAUGUCCUCAAGGGCAACAAGCCCGAGGAGGGACCGCUUCAGACCCGUCUCCUGGAGGUCAACCUGAUGCAGGCGCCUCAGGUGGCUGACGCCAUCAUGGGUUACGAGAUGCUCACCCACUACAACAAGCCCUACAUCGCCCAGCUCUGCGAGAAGGCUGGCCUGUACCAGCGGGCGCUGGAGCACUACACCAACAUCGCCGACAUCAAGAGGGUCAUGCUCAACACCCAUGCCAUCAACCCGGAGUUCCUGGUGAACUACUUCGGCCAGCUCUCGGUUGAGGACAGCGUUGAUUGCCUGAAGGAGCUGAUGCGGGUCAACCCCCGACAGAACCUGCAGACCGUCGUCGCCGUUGCCACCAAGUACUCCGACCAGCUCACCGCCUCGGCCUUGAUCGACCUCUUCGAGUCGUGCAACAGCUUCGAUGGCCUCUACCACUACCUCGGCGCAGUCGUGUCCUACUCUCAGGACCCCGAGGUGCACUUCAAGUACAUCGAGGCCGCCGUCAAGAUGAACGCCCUUCGCGACGUCGAGCGCAUCUGCCGAGAGAGCAACUACUACGAUCCCAAGAAAGUCCGCGAUUUCCUCAAGGAGGCCCGCCUUCCCGACCAGCUGCCCCUCAUCAUCGUGUGCGACCGCUUCGACUUCGUUGAGGAGCUCACCCGCUACCUCUACGCCAACAGCAUGCUUCAGUACAUCGAGGCCUACGUGCAGAAGAUCAACCCGAUCAACACCCCUGCCGUUGUCGGUGCUCUCCUCGAUGUCGACUGCGGCGAGGAGUACAUCCAGAAGCUCAUCAUGUCCGUGAGGAACUUGUGCCCUGUCGAUGACCUCGUUGCGGCUAUCGAGAAGCGCAACCGCCUGAAGCUCCUGCUCCCCUGGCUCGAGGCCCGCGUUGCUGAGGGCAACCAGGAGCCGGCCACACACAACGCCCUGGCCAAGAUCUACAUCGACCUCAACAGGGAGCCCGAGAAGUUCCUCAACACCAACACCUUCUACGACAGCCGUGUUGUCGGCAAGUACUGCGAGAACCGCGACCCCCACCUGGCCUUCCUCAUCUACAAGCGAGGGCUUUGCGAUGAUGAGCUGGUGGCGGUCACCAACAAGAACUCGCUGUUCAAGAGCCAGGCCCGCUAUCUCGUGGAGAGGCAGAGCCAGGACCUGUGGCUCAAGGUGUUGGACGACAACAACGAGUUCCGCCAGGCCGUGCUCGACCAGGUCGUGCAGACUGCCCUCCCCGAGAGCAAGAACCCCGACGAGGUUUCGUCCGCGGUGAAGGCUCUCAUGAACGCCGACAUGCCCAACGAGCUCAUCGGGCUGCUCGAGAAGAUCGUACUGGAGCCCUCGGACUUCAGCAACAACAAGAACCUCCAGAACCUCCUGAUUCUCACCGCCAUCAAGGCCGACAGCUCGCGGGUGAUGGAGUACGUGAACCGCCUGGAGAACUUCGACGGACCCGACAUCGCCACCAUCGCCGAGGGUGCUCAGCUCUUCGACGAGGCCGUCGCCAUCUACAAGAAGUUCAAGCUCCACCCGCAGGCCAUCACCGUCCUCUUGAACUCCCUCAACGACCUCGAGGCUGCCGUGUCCUUCGCCAGCCAGGUCAACGAGCCGGAGGUCUACUCUCUCCUCGCCAAGGCGCAGCUCCAGAACAACCUCGUGACCGAAGCCAUCGAGUCUUACAUCAAGGCCAACGACCCCGAGAACUACGUCGAUGUCAUCGUCGCCUCUGAGAGGGAGCAGCUCUGGGAUCCGCUCGUCAAGUUCCUCCAGAUGUGCAGGAAGAAGGUGAAGGAGGCUCAUAUUGAGUCUGAGCUGAUCUACGCCCUCGCCAAGGUCAACAGACUUGCCGAGCUCGAGGAGUUCAUUUCCGGCCCCAACUGUGCCCAGAUCCAAUUGAUUGGUGACAGGUGCUUCGAGGAAGGGAUGUACGAGGCGGCCAAGCUGCUGUUCAGCAACAUUCACAACCACGCUCGCCUGGCCACUACCCUGGUCAAGCUGCAGCAGUACUCGUCCGCGGUGGAGGCUGCCCGUAAGGCCGGCAGCACCAAGACCUGGAAGGAGGUCAACCUCCACCUCAUCGAGGUCAAGGAGUUCCGUCUGGCUCAGAUCUGCGCCCUCCACAUCGUCAUCCACGGUGAUGAGCUGGACGAGCUCGUCUGGCGAUACGAAAGCAGGGGCUACUUCGAGGAGAUAAUCUCCGUCCUCACCUCGAGCCUCGGCCUUGAUCGCGCUCACAAGGCGAUGUUCACCGAGUUGGCGAUUCUGUACUCCAAGUACAAGCCCGAGAAGCUGCAGGAGCACCUCGAGCUGUUCCCCGACCGCAUCAGCUUGCCCAAGGUCAUCCGUUGGUGCCAGACCAACGCUCAGUGGAAGGAGCUCACCUACCUGUACAAAGCCAGCAACGAGCACGAGAAUGCUGCGAUGACCAUGAUCAACCACCCCGUCGAGGCCUGGGACCACAACGAGUUCAAGAGCAUCAUCGCCAAGGUCAACAACCUCGACACCACCUACAAGGCUGUUCGCUUCUACCUCUCCGAGCACCCGCUGCUGGCCAACGAUCUGCUCCAUGUCGUCAGCGCCAAGGUGGACCACACCAAGGUGGUGUCCGUCGCUCGCGAGAUGAACCUCCUUGCCCUCAUCAAGCCCUACCUCACCUCCGUGCAAGCCGAGAAUGUGGCGGCCGUCAACGAAGCCCUCAACGAACUGUACAUUGAAGAGGAGGACUACGACUCUCUCAAGCAUUCGAUUGAGACCCACGACAAGCUGAACCACCUCGCCCUCGCCCGCACGCUGGAGAAGCACGAGCUGCUCGAGUUCCGCCGGAUCGCCGCUCAGCUCUACAAGCAGAACUCCGAGUGGCAGAAGUCGGUGGAGCUCAGCAAGUCCGACGACCUGUUCAAGGACGCCAUGCAGACCGCCGCUGAUUCCGGCAACGCCGACGUCGUUGAGGAGCUGCUCAGGUUCUUCGUCGAGAAGGGCGAUGCCGAGUGCUUCGCCGCCUGCCUCUACACGUGCUACGACUUUGUCAAGCCCGACGUCGUGCUCGAGCUCGCCUGGAAGCACAGCCUCACCGACUACGCCAUGCCCUACCUCAUCCAGGCCAUCCGCGAGUACACCACCAAGGUCGACCAGCUCGUCGAGGCCGCCAAGCCCAAGAAGGACGACAAGAAGCCCGAGGACCAGGCCGCCGUCAACUUCCCCGGCGUCGUGGGCGCCGAGUUUUACCCGCCCGCCGGCAUGGUGCCCAUGAUGACCGGCGCCGGCCAGGUGACCAUGAUCCCCACCGCCUUCACGGGCAUGCCCGGCACCGUGCCCACCAUGCACCCCUCCAUGACCGGCAUCCCGCCCGGCUCCGGCAGUUUUCCCUUUGCCCGCCCCGCCAUGCCCGGCCCGCACCACCCGCACCCUCUCUCCUCCGUCCACCACCCGCCCGCUCCCUUCUCCCAGUAG